UGGACACAGAAAACACAGAAAAAACGGCUUUCUUUGCCAAGAAUUAACCAUAACUUUUUAGCAGAGUGGACCAUAAACUGUUGGUUGAAGGACUUUUUGAACUUUCUGCCACUACUCUGAGCUACAGAAUGGUGUUUACAUGUGACCAGUGUGGAAAAGCAUGGCCAAGUGCUUCCAGACUUAAAGUACACUACAGAACUCACACAGGAGAAAAACCAUACAGCUGUGACCAGUGUGGGAAGGAAUUUAAGCACUCUAGUUCACUCAAAGUACACAUGAGAAUCCACACAGGAGAGAAACCGUUUGAAUGUGACCAGUGUGGGAAUCAAUUUAAACACUCCGCUGCCCUCAUUCGCCAUAUGCGAAUCCACACAGGAGAGAAACCAUUUGAAUGUGACCAGUGUGGGAAAGAAUAUAAACAGUCCAGUGACCUCUGUAAACAUAUGAGAAUCCACACAGGGGAAAAGCCAUACAGAUGUGAUGUCUGUGACAAGACAUUUUCAACGUCAAGCAACCUUGUAUCACACAUGAGAGUCCACACAGGAGAGAGGCCGUACAAGUGUGACCAGUGUGGGAAGGAAUUUACACAGUCUGGUACACUGGAAGCACAUAUGAGGAUCCACACAGGGGGAAAACCAUACAGAUGUGAUGAUUGCCAGAAGACAUUUUCACGGUCAAGCUGCCUUGUAAUACAUAUGAGAGUUCACACUGGAGAGAGGCCAUACAAGUGUGAGCAGUGUGGGAAAGCCUUCACUGCAUCAUUCAAUCUCAAUAGACACAUGAGAAUUCACUUCUGACAGACUAUAUGAGUGUGGAACAUUACAGCAGUUCCAGAGUCACUACUGAACACACAAACAGCAAACAAACCAUAAAACUGGGAAAGAGAGGAAAGGCUUUCAAGUCAGUAAGGAAAUGUCAGAAACGUGUCCAAAUGUUCCAGACUGAAGAGAAAAGCUGCAGCUCUGACCAGUGUGGAAGGACUUUGAGAAAACCUACUCAUGUGAGGUGCACCGUCUUGAACACACUAAAGGAGACAGAGCUGCUGAGGCCGGAUCAUGUGAAUCUAAAGUCAGACUCAAAAAGCUGGAGAUCAGGCUUCAGAGACUCCAGACUGUGGAGAUGAGCUCUGUGUAGUG